AUGAGUAAGCGAAUCAGCGACGACGAUGAGGUGGGAAAGGAGGCUGACAUCAGAAGCGGACCUUCGUCGAAUCGGCAAGUUAAUCCGACAUUGGAGCAGGAGCAGCCAUAUCCUCAUCAGCAUCAGGUUCAUAAAGUUGGAGUGCCGGCAAAGCAAAACCUGUUCAAGGAAUUCAGUGCGACCGUGAAAGAAACUUUCUUUUCAGAUGAGCCCUUGCGUCCUUUCAAAGACCAAACAAAGAGGAAGAAGAUUCUGCUUGGCCUUGAAGCCCUUUUCCCCAUACUUCGGUGGGCCAGGGACUACAACCUUACUAAAUUCAGAGGAGACCUCAUCGCUGGACUUACCAUUGCAAGCCUCUGCAUUCCUCAGGAUCUUGGAUAUGCAAAGCUUGCCAAUCUGCCUGGUCAGAAUGGCUUAUACAGUAGUUUCGUGCCGCCUCUUGUUUACGCGUUCAUGGGCAGCUCGAGGGACAUUGCGAUCGGGCCAGUGGCCGUGGUGUCUCUGUUGCUUGGGACUAUGGUGCAGAAUGAGGUUGAUCCUACUAAGAAUGCCCAUGACUAUCUACGGCUUACUUUAACUGCUACAUUCUUUGCGGGAGUCACACAACUCACUUUAGGAUUUUGCAGGUUGGGCUUCUUGAUUGAUUUUCUGUCUCAUGCUUCCAUUGUUGGGUUUAUGGGUGGAGCUGCCAUUACCAUUGCCCUUCAACAGCUUAAAGGAUUACUUGGCAUCAAGAAUUUUACCAAGAAGACUGAUAUUGUUUCUGUCAUGCGUUCAGUAAUUACCGCUGCACAUCAUGGGUGGAACUGGCAGACUAUACUAAUUGGAGUCUCAUUCUUGGUUUUUCUUCUGUUGACCAAGUACAUCGGUAAAAAGAAGACGAAAUUGUUUUGGGUGCCUGCAAUUGCACCUUUGAUCUCCGUUAUCGUCUCCACCUUUUUUGUUUAUAUCACCCGUGCAGACAAGGAAGGUGUUGCAAUUGUGAGUAAAAUAAGGAAGGGCAUAAACCCAGCUUCUGCUGAUUUAAUUUAUUUCACUGGAGACAACGUUAUCAAAGGCUUCAGGAUUGGUGUUGUGGCGGGCAUGAUAGCCUUGACGGAAGCUAUUGCAAUUGGAAGAACAUUUGCUGGGAUGAAGGACUAUCAGCUGGAUGGAAACAAAGAAAUGGUGGCAUUGGGAACCAUGAACAUUAUUGGUUCCUUGACAUCCUGCUACGUUGCCACCGGCUCCUUCUCCCGCUCUGCCGUCAAUUACAUGUCCGGCUGCCACACGGCGGUCUCAAACAUCAUCAUGUCUCUGGUGGUCCUUCUCACUCUGGAACUCAUUACGCCCCUCUUCAAGUACACGCCCAACGCCAUUCUGGCUUCCAUCAUCAUUUCCGCAGUGAUUGGCUUGAUUGAUUUCGAGGCCAUGAAGCUCAUCUGGAAGAUCGACAAACUUGACUUUGUCGCUUGCAUGGGAGCCUUCUUCGGAGUCGUUUUCAUUUCCGUGGAGAUCGGUCUUUUGAUCGCUGUCUCCAUUUCCUUUGCCAAAAUUCUCUUGCAAGUCACAAGGCCACGGACCGCGCUGCUUGGAAAGCUCCCAAGGACUAAUGUUUACAGAAACAUUCUACAGUAUCCCAAUGCCACACAAAUUCCUGGCAUUCUCAUUAUUAGAGUUGACUCUGCAAUUUAUUUCUCCAACUCCAACUAUAUCAAAGAGAGAAUAUUGAGAUGGGUCACAGACGAAGAAGAAGAACUAAAGCAAAAUAGUCUACCCAAAAUCGAGCACCUUAUUGUGGAAAUGUCGCCUGUCACUGACAUCGACACUAGUGGCAUUCAUGCCUUGGAAGAGUUAUACAGAAGUCUUCAGAAGAGAGAGAUUGAGCUUGCUUUAGCAAAUCCGGGGACAGUGGUGAUGGACAAGAUCCAUGCAUCGGAAUUUGUUGAAUUGAUUGGAAAGGGCAAGAUUUUUCUUUCAGUUGCAGAUGCAAUCCUUACAUUUGCUCCCCUUUACGAAGAACCUUGAUUAAUUCGAUCCACAAGCCAGGGUUGAAGGUUCUCCAACAAACGACUACAAUGUUGAUGUACUUGUGAUUUUUCUUUUUGUUCUUCCCCUCUCCUUUUCUGCCUUGCAGUUUUUUUCUUUCUGCCUAGGGUUGAAGGUCCAUUCCUACUCCCCGUAUCUCUACUUCUGCUAACGACUGCUAGAAUUAGGAUAUCGAGAAAGAGGGUAGACUGUAAAGGGUUCAACCUAUAAGUCAGGCAUGCUAGAUUAAUGUAUCAAGAAAGAUAAGCAUGCAGUGAUUAAAUUCUUUCCUCCUGCCAAAUUGUGAAAGAAAUUGUAUCUUAAGUAAGGUUGUCAAGUGACUCCAUAAAGCUCGAGCUUGUAUAGGGCUUGGCUCGAAUUUGGCUUGUCUGAGCAUGGCUCAAUUGUAAUAUAAACAAAACAAGCUAAGCUUGAGGUUUAG